AUGGAGAAAUCACUGGAUUUUGUUGCGGUUCAAUCACCAUUGAAACUCGAUCCUGAGUGCUUUGGUUUUUGGAAGGUGUCAAUCAAGCAAGCCAUCUCAAGCAUUGACAUGGAAGCUUGGUUCGCGGUGGAAGAUGGUUGGUCACAUCCGACGGAGAAAAAUGAGAAGGGAGACAUGGUGCCUAAGCACAGGAAGAAAUGGACAGCCGAAGAAAAAGCGGAGUCCAAACAUAACUCACAGGCUCUGUCAGUUAUCUUCAAGUCGUUGCCUAGGGACAUUUUCAAUCAAGUUCAAGGGUGUGAAGCUGCCAAGGAAGCAUGGGACAUUCUGGUAGUCACGUUUGAAGGCACAAGUAGGGUCAAACGUACAAGGCUGGACAACCUCGCUUCAGAUUUUGAAAACUUGCACAUGACAGAAACUGAGUCAGUUGCUGAUUACAGUAGUCGUCUGAGUGGUAUUGCACAAGAAGCUGUAGUUUUGGGUAAACGCUACAAGGACAAGAAGCUGGUGAAGAAAUUCCUCAGGAGUCUGCCAGAUAAGUUUCAACCACACAGGUCUGCCAUUGAUGUUUCACUGAAUUCUGAUGAGCUCAAGUACAAUCAAGUGGUUGGGAUGAUGCAGGCAUUUGAGAUACAGCUGAAGAAGAAGGAAAAGAUAAAUGAGAAAUCAUUUGCUCUCAAAGCCAUUGAGGAACAGAAGAUUGCAGAGUCUCAGGAAGUUGCAGAUGAAGAAAAAGUCGGCUUGUUGGUUAAGAAAUACUUUCGCAAGAUGGAAAGAGGUCAGCGGAAGGGAACAUCAUCGGUCUUGAAAUCCGAUACUGAUAAGGAGAUCAGGAAGGGUGACAAGCAAGAACGACAGUGUGCUGAAUGUGAGGGUUUUGGGCAUUACAAGUCUGAAUGUCCAAACAACAAACGAAAGAACUCUUUGCAAUGCUAUGGAUGUAAGGGCUACGGUCAUACUAAGUUUGAUUGUCCUUCACGGGAAAACAAGCAGAAGUCCUACAUCACUUGGAGUGAGAGCGACUCAGAUGAAGAGGUCGGCAAAGGAGAGGUUCUUAACAGCUUCCUUGCACUGCUGGGUGUCAUUGAGGAAGAUGAAGAAGAUGAUUUGGUGCUGGAAAUCAACGACGUAGAUGAGAAGGUGAAUUCUGAGUCAGAAGGAGAAGAGGCAGAUUUGUCAGUAGAAGAUCAGAUAGAGCUUCUCAUCAAGACGGUGGUUCAGAAGACUCAAGACAACACACAGUUAACUUCUGAGAGAGAUACCUUGCAGCUUCAUGUUGCCAUGAUCUCUAAAGAAUUAAGUGAAGAAAAGGCAAAGACUUUGUGA